GCGGGGCCGCGGCGGCGGCGCGGGGCGAGGGCAACAAUGGCCGCGGCGCUGGCGGCGGGCGGCGGGGCGGGCGCGGCGGCCGUGGCGGGCAGCGGCGGGCCCGGGCUGGCGGCGCUGGCGGUAGCGCGCAGGAAGGACGGCGGCCCCACCGGGAAGUUCUGGGAAAGCCCGGAGACGGUGUCUCAGCUCGACUCGGUCCGCGUCUGGCUGGGGAAGCACUACAAGAAGUACGUCCAGGCUGAUGCUCCUACCAAUAAAACACUGGCUGGGCUGGUGGUGCAGCUGCUGCAAUUCCAGGAAGAUGCCUUUGGAAAACAUGUCACCAAUCCUGCCUUCACAAAGCUUCCUGCAAAGUGCUUCAUGGAUUUCAAAGCUGGAGGUACAUUAUGUCACAUUCUUGGUGCUGCUUACAAAUACAAGAAUGAACAGGGCUGGCGGAGGUUUGACCUGCAGAAUCCAUCCCGGAUGGAUCGAAACGUGGAGAUGUUCAUGAACAUUGAGAAAACACUAGUGCAGAACAACUGUCUGAGCAGACCAACCAUCUACCUCAUUCCAGAUAUAGAGCUGAAGUUGGCCAAUAAACUGAAGGAUAUUGUCAAACGUCACCAGGGAGCAGUAACUGAAGAGAAAUCAAAGGCUACACACCAUGUUUAUCCAAGUCCUACCUCAAUGGAUGAUGAUGAAUGGUUGAGACCUGUGAUGAAAAAAGACAAGCAGGUGCUGGUACACUGGGGCUUUUUUCCAGACAGCUACGACACUUGGGUUCACGCCAACGAAAUAGAUGCUGAAAUUGAGGAUCCUCCCAUUCCUGAGAAGCCCUGGAAGGUUCAUGCCAAGUGGAUUUUGGACACAGAUGUAUUCAAUGAAUGGAUGAAUGAGGAGGACUAUGAGGUAGAUGAGAACAGGAAAUCAGUGAGUUUUCGACAGAGAAUCUCCAUGAAGAACGAAGAGCCCGUGCGUAGCCCGGAGAGGAGAGACAGGAAAGCAGCAGCAAGCACAAGGAAGAGGAAGCAUUCUCCUUCUCCACCCCCCACUCCUGUGGAGUCCAGAAAGAAGACAGGGAAGAAAGGACAAGCAGCCUUAUAUGGGAAAAGGAGAGGGCAGAAAGAAGAAGAUGAGCAAGAAGAUCUUACAAAGGACAUGGAGGAUCCCACACCAGUACCUAAUAUAGAAGAAGUGGUACUUCCCAAAAAUGUGAACCCAAAGAAAGACAGUGAGAACACGCCUGUCAAAGGAGGAACUGUAGCAGACCUUGAUGAACAGGAUGAGGAGACUGUGGCAACUGGAGGAAAGGAAGAUGAAGAUCCCAACAAAGGUGAUCAAAGUCGGUCAAUUGAUCCAGGUGAAGAUAAUGUCACAGAACAAACCAACCACAUCAUUAUUCCCAGCUAUGCAUCUUGGUUUGACUACAACUGCAUUCAUGUGAUUGAACGUCGUGCUCUUCCUGAAUUCUUCAAUGGAAGAAACAAGUCCAAGACUCCAGAAAUAUACCUGGCUUACCGCAACUUCAUGAUUGACACCUACCGCCUGAACCCUCAGGAGUACCUGACCAGCACUGCCUGCAGGAGGAACCUGACUGGGGACGUGUGUGCUGUCAUGAGAGUACAUGCUUUUCUGGAGCAGUGGGGUCUCAUUAACUACCAAGUGGAUCCAGAAAGCCGCCCCAUGGCCAUGGGACCUCCCCCUACCCCCCACUUCAACGUCCUGGCUGACACCCCCUCGGGGCUCAUGCCUCUCCACAUCCGCACGCCGCAGAUUCCAGCUGCUCAGCAGAUGCUGAGUUUUCCUGAGAAAAACAAAGAGAAGCCUACUGAUCUGCAGAACUUCGGCCUUCGCACGGACAUCUACUCAAAAAAGACUUUAGCAAAGAGUAAAGGUGCAAGUGCUGGAAGAGAAUGGACGGAACAAGAGACUCUGCUGCUCUUAGAGGCUCUGGAGAUGUACAAAGAUGACUGGAACAAAGUCUCAGAGCACGUUGGGAGCCGUACCCAGGACGAGUGCAUUCUCCAUUUCCUGAGGCUCCCCAUUGAAGACCCUUACUUGGAGAACUCAGAUGCAUCUCUGGGCCCCCUGGCUUACCAGCCCGUGCCUUUCAGCCAGUCUGGCAACCCUGUGAUGAGCACUGUUGCCUUCCUGGCCUCGGUGGUGGAUCCCCGGGUGGCAUCAGCUGCAGCAAAGGCUGCCUUAGAGGAGUUCUCUCGAGUCCGAGAAGAGGUGCCCCUGGAGCUCGUGGAAGCUCAUGUCAAGAAAGUACAGGAAGCAGCAAGAGCCUCUGGGAAGGUGGAUCCAACGUAUGGAUUAGAGAGCAGCUGCAUUGCUGGAACAGGCCCGGAUGAGCCAGAGAAAAUCGAUGGAGCUGAAGAAGAAAAAAUGGAAACGGAGACAGAUGGGCAGCAGUCUGAGAAGGUUGAGAGCAAAGCAGAGAGUGAAAUUGAAGAAGGUGAUAAAGUACAAGAAGGAGAAAAUGAGAGAAAUCCAGAAAAAGAGCAAGAUAGUGAAGUGGCAGCAGACCCCAAGCCAGAAGAAAAGGAGGCAGAAGAGAACAAGGAGAACGUUGAUGCGAGCAAAGACAAAGAGAACGAGGCUGGAAAGAAGAAAGUGGAACAUGAAAUCUCGGAAGGAAACGUAGCUACAGCUGCAGCUGCUGCCCUGGCCUCAGCUGCCACCAAAGCAAAGCACCUGGCAGCAGUGGAAGAAAGGAAGAUCAAGUCCCUGGUUGCCCUUCUGGUGGAAACACAGAUGAAGAAGCUGGAGAUAAAACUUCGCCAUUUUGAGGAGCUGGAAACCAUUAUGGACAGAGAGAAAGAGGCAUUGGAGCAGCAGAGGCAACAGUUGCUGACGGAACGCCAGAAUUUUCACAUGGAGCAGCUGAAGUACGCGGAGCUGAGGGCACGUCAGCAAAUGGAGCAGCAGCACAGCCAGAACCCCCAGCAGCCUCACCAGCACCCCGGGGGGCCUGGCAUCAACCCCCUGGGGGCACCAGCACAUCCAGGCUUACUGCCCCACCAGCAGCCCCCACCCUACCCCAUGAUGCACCACCAGAUGCCACCGCCUCACCCACCACAGCCCGGUCAGAUGCCAGGACCUGGCUCCAUGAUCCCUGGACAACCCAUGCCAGGCCGGAUGAUGCCAAGUGUGUCAGCCAACAUCCAUCCAGCCAGUGGUGGUCCCCCCCCACCUGGCAUGUCCCCCAUGUCAGGGAAUCUCAUUGGACCUCGUGUUCCUCUAGCAGCUCCCAACGGCAUGUAUCCCCCUCCGGCCCAGCCGCCCCCACCAGCAGAAGGGGUGACCCCCCCUCCAGCAGGAGCCCCGCCAGCCUCAGCCGCUCCCUAAGCAGUCCAGGAAGAAGGAACUUCUACAGCAACAUAGUGGUGACCAAAAAUGAAACUCCUCAGUUACCUUCCGUUCCCUUGGGAGGCUCUUACCUCCCCCUGGCUGUGUCUGUGCACACACCCCCCUGCAAGCACAUGUACACACUGCCUGUCUGCCCCCUCCCCACACCGCUGUAACCUUGGCAGCGCUCAGCGUUCCUUUGGGAAUUCCUUCCAUGAAAGAUGCCAGUGGUGCCUCCAUGUUGCUGGUGGGGAGUCCUUUACCCUUUGGUCUGCUUGCCUUUCAGCGUGGGCUCGACUCUGGUUUCUUCCAUCUUGGUGUUUUGAGCUUUGGGUUCUCCUGGGGAGGGUAAGAAAGCGAAGGCCUUGGCUGAGCUGCUGGAGGCAGCACCUGCUCCAGCUGGGCUGUAAUGUUUUGGGUUCUCCAGUUAGAGCAAAGCAUCAGGAUGGGAUCCCAAACCAGUCUUUUGAGCAGAGAAGGAAAACCAGGGCGUGCUGCUGCACAGAAGGUGCAGGAAUGCCAGCCCUGUCUGGGUACAGAUCCCUGAUCAUUGAGGACAGCAGCCCCGUCCUGGGGCUGCCUCACUAACUUAUUAAGGAGAGCGAUCCCGUGCGAACGGGAACGACCCAAUUGAACAAACCCCCUCGAUGGUAGGAGUUUGGCUCCAGUUUUUACCUUUCUUUUGCCUUUGAAGGUGGUAGUUGAGCCUUCCCUCUGAGUAGUUUGGUCCAGUAGCCCAACUGAGGAAUAAAACCAUGAUUUGUAGUCCCUCUUUUUGGAACAUAUACUUUUUACUUUUUAAAAUGAACAAAACACACAAAAAAAUUAAAAAAAAAUAAUUAAAAAAAAAAAAGUAGAUAGAGAAGAAGUGCUAGAGUGUGGGGGUUGGGAUGGCUGGGGUGCAAAUGCCAGAGCUACCUCCUGGGGGUGGCUGAGGGGGGCAGAGUCAGCAGCUGUGGGAUGGGACAACUAGGAUGUCAGGGGGUGGUGGGGAAGGGACCAGCUUCAGCCAGCAAAGCUGGGAGCUCUCGUUGAGUGAGACCACCCGACCCCCAGGCUGCCACCAUUGCUGGUUUGCUUGUCAGUGGUGACUGCAGAAAGUCCUUUGCUGGUUGUGGUCUGGGUUCUCCACCCUCUUCCUCAUGUAAGAGGGUUUGACAGGUCUCCUUGCCAAGGUCUGAAGAUUGCUUGCUUAAUUAAAGAGCAGCUUUGCUGACCCAGGGCGAGAUGGUGGUCAAGGCUUGACCCAGGAGACAUCUCCCAAAGAAUCUGAAACCCACAGAACCACUUAGACCAUUAAAAAAAAAAAAAAGUACUUUGAAAAGCACUCAGGUGAUUGUCUCAAUGAUGGGAAUGGUUGAACUUCCCACGUCCCAUGAGUGUGGAGUUACCAUUUCUGGGCUGCCUUGGUACCUCCAGUGCGUAGGAUCAAUGCUUUCCACCAUGGAGCUUGGAGAACCCACAGUGCCUACAGCAGAGGUCAGGGCCUGCCUGCCUUCUGCCUCCCACCAAGGAACUUCUCCCCCCAUGGUCCCUUUCCCUCCAGGAUCUUUGGGGUGAGCACGGGAUUUUUCUGGUUUAGAAAUAACCUCAGGUUGUUUUUAGUGUGAUCAACUUCAGAUCUACAGGAUCCAGAUGGAGACUUAUUUUUUACUGUACUAGGGGUGAUCCUACAGAGCACCUGGAUUCUUGACACCGUCGUGUUUCUCUAGAAACAAAACAUGUGCUGACUUUUUCAUCUGAUCCUCUGUACAGGCCCCAGUUUUAUUCCUGCAGCACAGCCACCCAAUUUUGUGAAAUUAAUAAUAAUAAAAAAGUGGUUUUUGUACAAAC